AUGGCUGAUUCCGAUGAAGAGUAUAUCGGGGAAGUUUCUGAGGAUGAGGAUGAUAAUAAUAUUUUUCGAGGGUCUCGAGGUGAAGAGUCUGCAUCCCGGGUGAAGAGGAGGAAACAGCGCGGAGGGGCUGAAUGGGAGGUCUCGAGAACCUGGGAGACAUUGGUCGAAGGCGCUGAUGGUACGAUUAGCUCGACAGUUGAAGGGCUCCUGGAGGCUGGGAAAAGGAAAAGGCUUCUGAAAGAUACAACGCCUUUACAACGUGGUAUUAUUCGUCAUCUCAUCCUGAUAGUCGACUUAUCACAAUCCAUGACAGAGAAGGACCUUCGCCCGACAAGAUAUCUCCUUACGCUACGGUAUGCACAAGAGCUUGUGCGGGAGUUCUUCGAGCAGAAUCCGAUCUCUCAACUUGGUGUCCUUGGAUUAAGGGACGGUCUCGCCGUCCGAAUAAGUGAUAUGAGUGGGAACCCCACGGAGCAUAUUAGUGCCAUACAAACCCUAAGAGAUCAAGAUCCGAAGGGUCUUCCAAGUUUACAGAACGGCCUGGAAAUGGCUCGUGGCGCGCUAUUUCAUACACCCAGCCAUGGUACUCGAGAGAUAUUCAUCAUAUUUGGUUCUCUUCUUUCAUCUGACCCUGGAGAUAUUCAUCAAACAAUAGCUACCCUCGUCAAUGAUAAAGUGCGCGUGGGAAUCGUAGGUCUCGCUGCUCAAGUAGCCAUCUGCCGUGAGCUCUGCGCAAAAACGAACGGCGGCGAUGACACUAGAUAUGGGGUGGCACUCAACGAGCAACAUUUCCGUGAGUUGUUAAUGGACGUAACGACACCUCCAGCCACAUAUUCCCAAAAACAGUCUGCAAGCUCGCUCUUAAUGAUGGGGUUUCCAUCUCGCACUGUUGAAGGCUCCCCCUCUCUUUGCGCGUGCCAUUCAAGGCCUUCCUGUGGAGGUUAUUUGUGCUCACGUUGUAGCAGCAAAGUUUGUGGUCUUCCUGCAGAGUGUCCUUCUUGCGGCCUCACUCUAAUUCUGUCCACUCAUCUCGCUCGGUCGUACCAUCAUUUGUUUCCCCUGAUAAACUGGGUAGAGGUCCCCUGGCAACGAGCUUCUCGCAGUUCGGUAUGCUUCGCCUGCGGCAUAGCUUUUCCUCCAGUACCUAUCAAGGAUGAAUGGCAAAUGACGGAAAGCCAGGUGAAAGGGACGAGCGUAAGCAGCCGCUACGAAUGUACCGCAUGCGAGAAUCAUUUCUGUAUCGAUUGUGACCUCUUUGCCCAUGAAGUUGUGCACAAUUGCCCUGGCUGUCAAAGCAAAACUAUAAUCCCCAGGAAGGCUGACCUGGGAAGUCAAACGGGCCUGGGCCUGGAGAUAAUGGAUACCUCAGCGUAG